CCCUCCCCGCACCGAGACGCCGCUUCCCUUCCCUUCCCCUCCCACCCCUCUCUCUGUCUCUCCCUCCCUCCUCCCAGCUGCUGCAUCCAAACCCUAACCCUAAACCCCUCCCCCACCAACCUCCGCCCACUCUCCCCACCCCGACUGAUCUGGCCCCCCACCUCGGACUCGCCACGCUGGCCCGAUUCGAUCGAUGUAGGUGAGCGAGCUCCCCGACCUCAUCAUGGCUGUGGGGUGACUGGGUGCGGAAGACAGGCACAGCAAGCGUCGAUGGCAUUGGGAGAUCUCAUGGCGUCCAGGCUCGGCCACUCCUCGACCUCGCCGUCGCCGUCGCCGGCCGCGGCCGCGACUCCGGUGCCGCCGCUGCCCCAUCAGCAGCACCAGAACCACCACAACCACGUCGCGGAUGACCUCCCCGUCGCCAACGGGCCGGAGCCCAGGAACGGGCUGGAGGUCGCCGAGGUGGAGAAGCCGGCGCCCGUGGCGUACCUGCCCCAGGUGGUCGUGCUGUGCGAGCAGCGCCAUCAGGGGAUCGACGAGGCUACUGCUGCGGCCGCAGCGCCCUCCACCAGCGGCCUCGUCUCCAAGUGGCGGCCCAAGGACCGGAUGAAGACCGGAUGUGUUGCACUUGUAUUAUGUUUAAACAUAAGUGUUGAUCCACCUGAUGUAAUUAAAAUUUCCCCUUGUGCAAGAAUGGAGUGCUGGAUAGAUCCUUUCUCUAUGCUAGCUCCUAAAGCUCUUGAAAGUAUUGGAAAAACUUUGCAUUCUCAGUAUGAGCGCUGGCAACCUAAGGCUCGCUACAAGCUUCAGCUGGAUCCAACAGUGGAGGAAGUUAAGAAGCUUUGUAAUACUUGCCGCAAAUAUGCCAGAUCAGAGAGAGUCCUUUUCCAUUAUAACGGCCAUGGUGUACCAAAGCCUACAUCUAAUGGUGAGAUUUGGGUGUUUAACAAGAGCUACACACAGUAUAUUCCACUUCCAAUUACUGAUCUUGAUUCAUGGCUGAAGACACCUUCCAUUUACGUUUUUGAUUGCUCAGCAGCUGGAAUUAUUGUGAAAGCUUUUCUAGAGCGCCUAGACUGGAGUUCUACCUCAUCUGCAUCUUCACAGAAGGAUUGCAUUCUUCUUGCUGCCUGCGAAGCACAUCAAAUGCUUCCCCAGAGUGCAGAAUUUCCUGCUGACGUGUUUACGGCUUGCCUCACAACGCCCAUCAAAAUGGCUUUGCACUGGUUUUGUAAGCGAACAUUACUCCAUGGUUCUCUGGAUCAUUCUCUUAUUGACCAAAUUCCUGGACGGCAAAAUGACCGUAAAACACUUCUUGGAGAGCUCAAUUGGAUUUUUACUGCUAUAACAGAUACUAUCGCAUGGAAUGUUCUCCCUCAUGGUCUGUUCCAAAGGCUUUUCAGGCAAGACCUUCUUGUUGCUAGUCUCUUCCGUAACUUCUUGCUUGCUGAGAGAAUCAUGCGAUCUGCAAACUGUUCUCCAGUUUCUUAUCCAAUGCUACCCCCAACACAUCAACACCAUAUGUGGGAUGCAUGGGACAUGGCUGCUGAGAUUUGCCUUUCCAAGCUUCCUCAGUUAAUUGCUGAUCCAAAUGCAGAGUUUCAGCCAAGUCCGUUUUUUACGGAACAACUGAUGGCUUUCGAAGUGUGGCUCGAUCAUGGCUCUGAGGACAAGAAACCUCCUGAACAGUUACCUAUAGUUCUUCAGGUCCUGCUUAGUCAAUCACAUAGAUUUAGAGCACUUGUUCUGCUUGGAAGAUUUCUUGACAUGGGACCAUGGGCAGUUGAUUUGGCCCUGUCUGUCGGAAUAUUUCCUUAUGUACUCAAACUACUACAAACAAGUGCAAUGGAGUUACGUCAAAUUCUAGUGUUUAUAUGGACAAAAAUUCUCUCUCUUGAUAAGUCAUGUCAGGUUGACUUGGUUAAAGAUGGAGGGCAUGGAUAUUUUAUUAGGUUUCUUGACAGUUUGGAUGCUUUCCCAGAACAGCGUGCAAUGGCUGCUUUUGUUAUAGCAGUCAUUGUGGAUGGGCAUAGGACGGGUCAAGAGGCUUGUAUGAAUGCCGGGCUUAUAGAUGUUUGCCUGAGACAUCUGCAACCUGAGAAUCCUCAUGCACAAACAGAACCUUUGCUUUUGCAGUGGCUUUGUUUAUGCCUUGGGAAAGUCUGGGAAGAUUUCCCUGAGGCUCAGUUACAUGGUCUGCAAACAAAUGCACCAGAAAUUGUAAUAUGUUUAUUGUCGGAGCCUCAACCUGAGGUCAGAGCUGCUGCUGUUUUUGCACUUGGGAAUCUCCUUGAUAAUACGUUAAAUGGCUCUGAUGAUGAUUCUGAUGAUGAUGAAAAGGUGAAAGCUGAAAUAAAUGUAGUUCGAAGCCUUCUGCAGAUGUCUUCAGAUGGUAGUCCCCUUGUUAGAUCUGAGGUUGCUAUAGCGCUUACUCGCUUUGCAUCGGGUCACAACAAACAUCUCAAAUCUGUUGCUGCGGAGUACUGGAAACCUCAAUCCAACUCGUUGCUGAAGUCACUACCAUCAUUGGCAAAUAUAAGUAAUCCAAGCAAUGUUUACAGUCCCAACAACAGCAUUGGUCCUGUGCUGAGGGUUGGCAGUGAUAGCGGUGCCGCUGGUCGUGAUGGAAGAAUUUCUACAAGUAGCCCAAUUGCAACAAGUAGCAUCAUGCAUGGCUCUCCCCAAUCAGAUGAUUCUUCCCAACACUCUGAUUCAGGUUUAUUAUUGAGGGAGAAUGCAAGUAAUGGUGGUCUCAGCUACACUGCGCCGAGGCCUGUCGAUAAUGUCAUUUAUUCUCAAUUUAUAUCAACUAUGUGUUCUAUUUCUAAAGAUCCUGACCCAAGAAUUGCAACUAUUGGCCGGAGAGCACUGUCCCUUAUAGAUGUUGAACAAGUGGUCAUGAAAAAUACUAGAUUUAACAGUGGAGGUCCACAUCGGGUAGAGACAUCUGCGUCAAACUAUGGAAUGGCACGCUCUUCUUCUUGGCGUGAUAUGAAUUCUGGAAGCAUCUCAAUGAAAUUUAUGACCCCUCCUGUCAGCCCUCCUCAGCAUGAUUAUCUUAUAGGAUUACGCCGAGUGUGUUCUAUGGAGUUUGGACAGCAUCCUAUAAAUUCACCUGAUGGCUUAGCUGAUCGCCUUUUAAGCUCUGCUGCGGGCCUCAGUAAUAGAGAACCACUUCCCCAAUCAACAAUUUACAACUGGAGUUGUGGUCACUUCUCUAGGCCACUUUUAACCGUCUCUGAUGAUAAUGAAGAAACCAAUGCUAGAAGAGAAGAGAAAGAACGAAUUGCACUAGAUUACAUCACUAAGUGCCAGCGCUCCUCAGCUUGCAAGAUGACAAGCCAAAUUGCUAGUUGGGAUACAAGGUUUGAGUUGGGAACAAAAGCAGCUUUAUUGUUGCCAUUUUCUCCAAUCGUUGUCGCAGCUGAUGAAAGUGAACAAAUAAGAGUGUGGAACUACGAUGAUGCACUACCAGUGAACUCUUUUCAAAACCAUAAGUUAUCCGACAGAGGGCUAUCUAAACUUUUGCUUAUCAAUGAGCUUGAUGAGAGCUUGCUUUUGGCCGCCUCAAGUAUGCCUCUCUUCUCUAUGCUUUUCCUUCUAUACUUAACUUCUGCCAUUGCACUGUCUAAUUUUUAUGUUGCAGGUGAUGGAAAUGUACGUAUAUGGAAAAAUUUUGCUCAAAAGGGAGGACAGAAACUUGUAACUGCUUUCUCAUCAGUUCAGGGACACCGAGCUGCUGGACGCAGUAUUGUGAUUGACUGGCAGCAGCAAUCUGGUUAUCUGUAUGCAUCUGGUGACAUGUCUUCCAUCUUGGUAUGGGAUCUUGAUAAGGAACAACUUCUCAGCACCAUUCAGUCAACUGCUGAUAAUGCCAUUUCUUCCCUGUCUGCAUCUCUGGUCCGCUCCGGACACUUUGCUGCUGGUUUUGCUGAUGGUUCUGUCAGGAUAUAUGAUGUUCGCUCUCCUGAUAGGCUUGUCUAUGUGGCCAGGCCGCAUGCCCCAAGAACGGAAAAGGUUGUGGGCAUAGGGUUUCAGCCUGGGUUUGAUCCAUACAAGAUUGUAAGUGCAUCUCAAGCUGGAGACAUUCAGUUUCUUGAUGUUAGAAGGGCCGCAGAACCCUACCUGACUAUUGAGGCACACAGGGGUUCACUUACAGCAUUAGCGGUUCAUCGGCAUGCCCCAGUUGUUGCUAGUGGCUCAGCCAAGCAGAUGAUUAAAGUGUUUAGUCUUGAAGGAGAGCAGUUGACGAUUAUUCGCUACCAGCCAUCUUUUAUGGGUCAAAGAAUAGGCAGUGUAAAUUGCCUUUCUUUUCACCCAUACAAGUCACUCCUGGCUGCUGGUGCUGGUGAUAAUGCUCUUGUCUCUAUCUAUGCCGAGGAAAAUUACAAGUAAGAUGAGGCCUAUAUCUCAUGACAAUCAGCCACAGUGCAAUUGGUAGGCCUUCCAUUUUUGGCCAAGUGAUGCUCCACAGCAUGGUCCAGCUUCAAGAUUCAAGAUGAUGGUAAGCCUUGUCACAGAGACUGUGUUGACGGCGCCAUGGCUUUCGGUGCGUAUUGCCUGUUGGACGGCGUGUGCAAUUUGUAAGAUACAGUCAAGAUUCAUUAGCCUCCUUGCAGAAGGUUUGUGGACCCUACCCUGAUCCUGCCAUUGAACUUGGAGGCUCCCCCCCCCCCCCCAAAUAAUUAAUCAUACCUAGGUUAACCAAAAUGUAAAUAGCCAGCGAAGAUUCGGGUUGUACUUUGUCAGCAUUAUUCCUUUUUCAAGUGUAAAAAGGUCUGAAGAUGCUUGAUAUGAUAAACAGGGCUUUGUAGGGGUUGCUGCCUGGGCAAGUGGGGGUUGUGCAUAUGGGCCCAGGUAGAAUAUGGUUGCACAUGUCUGCUCACAGAUGAUGUUGAAAUAGAUAGAUGCAUUUGUCCAGCUAAUAUAGCGCUAGAUGGGGGUAGUAUUGGCCUGCAUGAAUGAAGGAAUGUUGUCGAGUGACUUGCAUUGUAACCCUUUGAUAGAUUCUGUUUGUAUAUAUGAAUCGUGUUUGUACAGUUGCCUGCUUUCUGCCCCCGCAAGUUGUAAUCCGUGCAAUGAUGUGUGUUUACGCUGGUGCAUUCCAGCAGAGAUGAGCUGA